AUGCGUAAGCGUGUCUUAUCUUCUGUGGGGCGGUGGAAACUCGCUCGCUCGUUCGAUUUCUCACUGGCAGAUCUGAAGAUUUCACUGCAUUUGUUACAUCGCCUCAUUGAGCCUCGAAGACUUUCAAUGUCUCUCUUCCCCUCUUUCUCCCUCCCUCUCUCUCUCUCUCUCUUUCUCAGAUUGCCAGAAACUCUCUCUUUCUCGUUUUCUUUCUUUUUCUUUCUCUCCCUUUUUCUUUGUUUCUUUGUUUCCUGUCUUUACCUGUGUCUUUCUUUCUCUAUUACUUUCUCUCUUUCUGUUUCUUUCUUUCUCUCUUUUUUUCUUUGUCUCUUUCUCUCUCUCUCUCUCUCUCGCACGCUUUUUCUUUCUUCUUUUUUUCGUAGACUGCCUUCUCCAAUUUAUUCAGCUAAUAGAAUCAUAUUUUUGACUGAAGAAACAUUUGUUCCCUUCUUCUAUUCGAAGCCUUUUCUCUCUCCACUCUCUCUCUUCCCCCUCUCUAUCCCCUCUCUUUCUCCCCUUUCUCUUCCCUCACUCCCUCUCUUUGACCUCUUUCUCCCCCUCUCUCUCCCCUUACUAUCUCUCCCCUUACUAUCUCUCCCUCUCCCUCUUGUCACAUACUGUGAACAUAUAUCUAUCUUUUUUUAA